AUGAUCAAAGGUGGAGAGGGGAUGACGAAGGGGACGACAACAUCUUCAUUAUGCGAGUCGGAAAGGGAAGAGUUGAAACGGAUGUUAUUGGUGCCUCCGCCAUUGAUGAAGAGCAGGAGGUAUUUGUCAAAGCAGUUGUCGUUGUGCGAGACGUCUCGAGACAUUGCAUGGGAGAGAAGGCGACGCCAGAUUCUUCGUCAUCAGAGAGGGAAAAAUGGGUUGACAGAUGAAGAUUUGCAUGAACUUAGAGGCUGCAUCGAGCUUGGAUUUGGAUUCAACGAAGAAGAUGGUCAGAAACUGUGCAAUACGUUGCCUGCUUUGGACCUGUAUUUCGCCGUGAAUCGUCAGCUUUCGCCUAGUCCGGUUUCCACACCUCAAAGCGGAUGUUCUUCCUCAGCAUCUUCACUGGGUAGCAGAUCAUCUUCUUUUGACAGUCCCGUAAGUGAACCAGCUGAUUGGAAAAUUUACAGCCCAGGGGAAAAUCCACAACAAGUGAAGACGAAGCUAAGACAUUGGGCGCAGGCAGUGGCAUGUUCUCUCAUGCAAUCAUUCUAA